AUGAGCAACCUGCCUGAAGUCCAACGCUACCGGAAACUUGUUGAGAUGCCUGGUAAAACACCAUCCGCUGGAUCCAAGACAGGGGAGUACAACAAAGGCCAGUCGGCCCCCCUAUCGCUAUCCAUGAUGGUCGCACUGCGGCUCAUUCUACAAUUGCGCCGCUUCUUGAAAUCUUCCACCGCGUCUUUGGACAUCAAAGACGUCCAAGAGCUGGACAAAUAUACGGCGAAGAUAACGCCGGGAAACGAAACAUAUCGAAACGCCCGUAUUCGCAGGAUUUUGGCCAGGCUUCCAGGUGACAUGCACGAAGAAGCCAACGACGACAUGGCCAAGUCAGAUGGUGUGUUUGCCAUCGUAAUCGACGAUGUGCGUAUUCCUAUUGCAAUCAUGGAGCUCAAGAAAGAACUGGGCAAUGGUGGGUGUGAUCCUAGCUCUCAGGCUGGCCUUUCUAUGAGGCGAGCGUGGAUUCAAACUGACGUGGGCACCUCUUCCACUUUUAUCUUCUUUCGCAGCUUUCUGACCAGCAUGCCCUUCGAGCAGAGAGCGGCUAUUCGAGACAAAUGCUGUUGCCCUACCUUUCUGUUGGCCGGCGGUGGUGCUUGGCUGUCCGUAAUGGGCGCCGUGCUCACGGACAAGGUCGUGGUUCAACGACUUACGGACAUGAUGUGGCUAGCCGAGUCAUCCACCGAGGAGGCGAGUCGUGUCUACAACGCCGCGCGGGUCUUGUCUGCCUUACGCGUAUGCCUCAAGACGUUAUCUAACUACUACCAGGGGCUUCACCAGUCCGACAUCCCUCCUGUUACCAAUACUGCACCCCAUCCACGUUUCUAUUCCUAUCCCGCUUUGUUUACUGAUGGCGAAACAGCACGGGUCAUCAGGUUCCAGUUUCUCAGAGCAAUGGAAGAGGACGAUGAUACUUGCGUCAUGUUCCAAGCAAAGAUUCUCGACGAUCCCUCAGAUCUCAUUAUUGUCAAGUUUGUUUCAAGAUAUGGCACGGAUGUGCACAGAUUCCGACUAGCAGAGAAAGGGUAUGCCCCUCGUCUUCGAUACCAUGAUGCCCUUCGUCACAGCAAGCCCCUGGCUGUAUCGCCUGCUGUAAAGAAGGCCCCUGCAGGUCUCUUCCUUGAAACUGUGAAGAUGGUUGCGAUGGACUAUGUGAUGCCAGCUGAGUCACGUCCACUCGAUGCCCACCCGCAGCUGCGGCAAGCCUUUCCAUCCUUGAUCCAGCGGGCUACGUGUUUGGCGACCUCCGCUGGCAGAACGUACUCUACAAUUCUCGGGAUAAUAAGGUCAAGCUCGUUAACUUUAACUGGACUGGCCGGUAUGACAUGCAAGUUCGGGACGAUUCGGGAGUACCUCCAGACAUUCAAGAGCCAAUGCCAGUGA